GCGCACAGUUCCCCUCCGACGCACACACGCUCUUAAUAAAAACACCCUACAAUACUUCUUUUGAAGAAGAGAGUGUCCGCCUCGGUUUGAUAUCAGCGGGAUAUUUGCGUUUCAGUUCAGCCGGGCAGGGCUGUGUAGCCCGAAUCACCUUAAAAGAAACGGGCGGGUAGGCGAUGCCUCCAUCCCUGACACAGGUCUGGAAGUUGGACGCGCUGCGUGCGUCAUGUGCUCUGGCUGCAGAACUGAGCAGACUCCCAUUCUAGUUCACACAAGCUGAGAGACACCGCGAGGAGCGAUUUAUUUCAUUUAUAGACAGACUCGGGCCCGAAUCCCAGGGAAACAGUCAGUCCCCUCCCUUUCAUCCUGUCACCAUCCAUUCACCGAUCCAUCGAUCCAUCCUGUCCGUUCGUCCCUCUCUCCCUCCCCUUGGGGGCUGCCGGACGAGCAGAGAAGAGAAGAGGCCGUGAGGAACGGACUACUCCAAUGAGAGAGAGAGAGAGAGAGAGAGAGAGAGAGAGAGGGGGGUACGAAGGACGCUCUGCCAGGACAUUUGAGCUCAUCAGUGCGGACGAAGGUAGACUUUUUUCUUUAAAGGCGGGAAUGGUGAUGGACUUUCGUACUGCUACACCUAGAAUGGCCAAACCAAGAUCAUGAGAGGGUGUAAAGCCGCAGAGAAGCGACCGUCUUACCCUUGUCUUUGACGCCGUCGCUCGCGUGUCCCUUGCUCGGCUUCUGGAUGGCCACGCAGGUGAGGGAUAGAAGAUGAUGGGUGCUACUGAAAUCGUUUGAGAAAAUUAUUCCACCUAAGCUACGGAGUAAGACAGCAUUGACACCGAUGAUUCACGGAAAAACGGUAUUUGUUCUGUCUCCUUUCUGCCUUCUGAAAUUUCACAUUCUGAAAUAAGGCUCGUGAAUAGCAAAUGUCACAAUUUUUCCGGUCCAAAGGUUUGUCGGAGCGUACUGGUAAAACAACUGUAAGGUGGCUGGAGCCACGUUAUUACCACACACUGUACCAAACAUUGCGGAUGUUUCAGAAAUAAAUAAAUAAUAGUAGCUUUUCCAUUUCAAUGCCUUUAAGUCUGUGGAAACGCGACUGUUUCCAAAAUGCCGAGCUGAACGCCAGUGACUGUCGUGGAUAGCUGUAAGCUGUUUUAUUAUUUAUUUAUUUAUUUUUAUUUUAACAAUCUUAUUUAUCAAGGCCUGUGUUAUACUGGGUGCAUUAACGUUGUCAGAGCAAAGACAUGAAACGUCCAGAAAGGUGCAGGAAGCUCGGGUGCGCUCUGAGGCUGGCAUGUACCGUAGGCAACAUGAAACAUUCAUGUUAACUCGCUACAGUCUCACCAUGAUUUCAUGUUGGGGGCGAACCCUGCUUUAUAUGGACAUAAGAGUGGACAAAGACUGAGAAACCCCAAAGCACUACCCUACAGUGCAACCAGUCAGCCAACCGACCACACAUUUAAUUUCCUCACACCCACAAUUGGCCGUUGGCAGAGACGCACAGAAAAGGAGACAGUACAUGGGCGUCCUCGUCUGCUAAAACCAAGAGCUGCAAAACUGCUCGCCGGGUGCAGGUGUUCAGCAUAAGCUUACAAGACAACCCGUUGUGCAUAUGAGACGUUCUGAUCCAGAUGGGAUGUAAUGUUGUGUGGUUGCACAGCUGAGCAUUGGUCUCCUUCUCCGCUGCUUCGUGAAGAUUGGCUUUUGGUGUCCAGAGAAUGGCGCGGUUCGGAGACGAGGUACCAGCCAGGUAUGGCGGAGGGCCUGGCGGAGGAGGCCCGGGAGGCCGGGGUGGUAGCAGGCAAGGAGGACCCCAUGGACACGGCCACGGACACGGUCAUGGGCAUGGCCACGGGCAUGGCCACGGCCCACCUGGAGGGCCCGGGGCCCAGAGAAUGUACAAGCAGUCUAUGGCGCAAAGAGCCCGGACAAUGGCACUGUAUAACCCCAUCCCCGUACGCCAGAACUGCUUCACUGUCAACCGUUCGCUGUUCAUUUUCAGCGAGGACAACUUCGUGAGAAAAUACGCCAAAAAGAUCACCGAAUGGCCUCCAUUUGAGUGGAUGAUUCUAGCCACCAUCAUUGCCAACUGCAUUGUCCUGGCUCUGGAACAACAUUUGCCUGAUGGGGACAAGACGCCGCUCUCAGAACGCCUGGAUGAUACAGAGCCGUAUUUCAUAGGAAUCUUCUGUUUUGAGUCAGGAAUAAAGAUCCUGGCGCUUGGUUUUGCCUUCCACAAGAACUCUUACCUGAGAAACGGAUGGAACGUGAUGGACUUUGUCGUAGUGCUCACAGGGAUUCUAUCUACUGUGGGCUCACAAUUCGACUUGCGGACACUCAGGGCUGUGCGAGUAUUGAGGCCUCUCAAACUGGUGUCCGGUAUUCCCAGCUUACAGGUGGUGCUCAAAUCCAUCAUGAAGGCCAUGAUUCCUCUGCUGCAAAUUGGCCUGCUGCUCUUCUUUGCCAUCCUCAUGUUCGCCAUCAUCGGCCUCGAGUUCUACAUGGGCAAAUUCCACAAAACCUGCUUCGACAACAUAACAAAAGAGAUCCGGGAAGAGUUUCCAUGUGGGGUAGAGCUUCCAUCUCGGCUGUGUCCAGAGGACACCGUUUGUAGAGAGUACUGGCUGGGACCAAACUACGGCAUCACCCAGUUUGACAACAUCCUGUUUGCUAUUCUCACCGUUUUCCAGUGUAUCACCAUGGAGGGCUGGACUGACCUGCUCUACUAUAGCAACGAUGCCUCAGGGAGUGCAUGGAACUGGAUGUACUUCAUCCCCCUCAUCAUCAUCGGCUCUUUCUUUAUGCUCAACCUGGUGCUGGGUGUGUUGUCAGGCGAGUUCGCCAAAGAGAGGGAGCGUGUGGAGAACAGGAGUGAGUUUCUGAAGCUCCGAAGACAGCAGCAGAUUGAAAGGGAACUAAACGGUUACCUGGAGUGGAUCUGUAAAGCUGAAGAGGUCAUCUUGGCGGAUGAUGAGAAUGAAAAUGAAUACGAUGGUUCUCGUAGGAGAGCCACGAAGAACCACAAAAGCAAAGCUGAGCUUCUAAAUUCAGAGGAAGGGGAGGGAGACCUGGGAGUAGGUUCACCGUUUGCUCGUGCCAGCUUGAAGAGCUCCAAGCUGGAAGGAUCGACUUUCAAGCGUCGGGAGCGACGGUUUCGCUUCUUUAUCCGUCACAUUGUUAAGUCCCAGGGCUUCUACUGGACCGUGCUGUGUUUGGUGGGCCUCAACACGCUGUGUGUGGCUGUUGUGCACUACGACCAGCCUGAACCACUUUCAGAUUUUCUAUAUUAUGCCGAAUUCAUCUUCCUGGGAAUAUUCUUGACAGAGAUGUUUGUAAAACUGUACGGCCUGGGCAGACAGGCCUACCUCAACUCCUCCUUCAACUGCUUCGACUGCAUUGUGAUAUGUGGUAGCAUAUUUGAAGUCCUUUGGUCCAUCAUCCAACCGGGCACAUCGUUUGGCAUCAGUGUGCUACGAGCUCUCAGGUUAUUGAGGAUCUUCAAAGUCACCAAGUACUGGGCGUCUUUGCGUAACCUCGUCGUGUCUCUGCUCAAUUCCAUGAAGUCCAUCAUCAGCUUGCUCUUCCUGCUCUUCCUCUUCAUAGUCGUCUUUGCGCUGCUGGGCAUGCAGCUCUUCGGAGGACAGUUUAAUUUUGAAAGUGGCACCCCUCCAACCAACUUCGAUACAUUUCCCGCAGCAAUAAUGACGGUGUUCCAGAUCCUGACCGGCGAGGACUGGAAUAUGGUGAUGUAUGAUGGCAUCAAAUCUCAGGGUGGAGUCAACAAGGGCAUGGCCUUCUCCGUCUUCUUCAUUGUACUCACGCUUUUUGGCAACUACACUCUGCUGAAUGUGUUCUUGGCCAUCGCUGUGGACAAUCUGGCCAACGCACAGGAACUGACCAAGGAUGAACAGGAAGAAGAGGAAGCUGCCAAUCAGAAGAUUGCCCUGCAGAAAGCCAAGGAAGUGGCUGAAGUUAGCCCACUAUCUGCUGCAAACCUCUCCAUUGCAGCCAACAAAGUACACAGUGAGUGUCACAACGCUUCUGACCCCUUUCUGGACUGCAAGGAGCAGCAGAAGAACCACAUUAAGGGAGUCAACAAGUCAGUGUGGGAGCAGCGCACCAAGGAGCUGAGGAAGCAGACUCUGGCAUCCAGCCGCGAGGCCCUCUAUAACGAAUUGGACGCUGAUGACCGCUGGAAGGCAAGGACAGGGAGGGAGGAGCACAACAAUGUCAACUAUUCACGUCACAUCCGUCCAGACAUGAAGACCCAUCUGGAUCGACCCUUAGUGGUGGACCCCCAUGAAAAUCGUAAUAACAACACAAACAAGACCACUGCCAACAACUCAGACUUCUGUGUCAGCCAGCACCAUCCUGAGCACCAUGGCCAAGUAGGAGGGGAUGGUGGAGGAGGUUCAGGUCCACCCAGACCUCCCAUGGAGCGGGGAGAAUCCACGGAGAGUAGACGGAGCCGCAAAAGUGAGCAUCACCACAGCUCUCAUGUCCGUCUGGAUGCUACAGUUAUUCCUGGGCCGGGUUCAGAGGACAGGCUACCCAGGCGCCAUCACCACACGCGGACUGGGAGUCGAGGAGGAGGGCAGUCCGAACACAGGAAGCCAAGGUCACAUCGAAAGAAUGCUGAAGAUGGUGAGGAUGGCGGGGGAGGAGCUGGAAAAUCUGGAAGACAUAAGAGCAAAGGAGUGGAUGGGAGUGGGGAAGGAGGAGAGCAUGAGCGAGCAGGCAAUGGCGGUGAGAAGAGGUCAAGAAGAAGCCGUCGUGGAAGCCAAACAGAGGGCGAGGGGAAGCGGAUGUGCUCACACAGAAGGAAGGACUGCAGUAUCCCAAACCUAUCUACCACACGGCCCAUCCAGAAGAGUCUCUCAAGGCAGAAUAGCCAGUACAGUGAGGACAUGGACAACCUCAUGAACACCAAACUGGUGUCUGGUUCUACACCACCUAGCGAGGGUCGCCCCUAUCCAGUGGCCAGUCACACUGUCACCCCUGGAUUUGGAUCUGCCCUUCAUCUUGCUAACAGUGGCACUCGUGGAAGUUUGGUCACUUUAGAUAGUUAUGGGAAUAUCGGACAUCACCGUGCCAACAGUGUGAUCAGGCUACCCCACCCUGAUUAUACUGCUGUGGACAUGCCCAUUUUUCCAUCCACCAAUGCCAUACUGCAAGUUAAUAAAAAUGCCAACACUGAACCUCUGCCACCUCCUACAAAUGAUGAUGAGGAAGGAGGGGAAGGAGGGCCUAGGCCCAUGCCUCCAUAUAGCUCCAUGUUCAUCUUCUCAACCACCAAUCCGUUUCGACGAGCAUGCCAUUACAUUUGCACCCUGCGUUAUUUUGAGAUGUGCAUCCUGCUGGUCAUUGCAAUGAGCAGUAUUGCCCUGGCAGCUGAAGACCCUGUUUGGCCCAAUUCCCCUCGAAACGAUGUUCUGCGCUAUUUUGACUACGUCUUUACGGGAGUUUUUACUUUUGAGAUGUUAGUAAAGAUGGUGGAUCUGGGGUUGGUCUUGCACCAGGGCUCUUAUUUCCGGGACUUGUGGAACAUCCUUGACUUUAUAGUGGUUAGUGGUGCUCUGGUGGCCUACGCCUACGCCUUAGCCAGCGGCAGCGGGGGGAACAGCAAGGGAAAAGACAUCAGCACCAUCAAGUCGCUGAGGGUACUGAGAGUGUUACGACCUCUAAAGACUAUUAAACGACUUCCCAAACUCAAGGCUGUGUUUGACUGUGUGGUGAACUCUCUGAAGAAUGUGCUCAACAUCCUGAUCGUCUAUUUACUCUUCAUGUUCAUCUUUGCUGUGGUUGCUGUGCAGCUCUUCAAGGGGCGUUUUUUUUACUGCACUGAUGAAUCCAAAGAAUUUGAGCGCGACUGCAGAGGCGAGUAUCUGGUGUAUGAACGUGAUAACGAAGUGAGGGCGCAGAAGCGGGAGUGGAAGAAGUACGAUUUCCACUACGACAAUGUGGCUUGGGCCCUUCUCACCCUCUUCACUGUCUCCACUGGAGAGGGGUGGCCGCAGGUGCUGAAACACUCAGUCGAUGCGACUUAUGAGAAUCAGGGCCCAAGUCCGGGAUACCGGAUGGAAAUGUCCAUCUUUUACGUGGUGUACUUCGUGGUCUUCCCCUUCUUCUUCGUCAACAUCUUCGUAGCUCUCAUUAUCAUCACCUUCCAGGAACAAGGGGACAAGAUGAUGGAAGAUUACAGUUUAGAAAAGAAUGAGAGAGCCUGUAUAGACUUUGCCAUCAACGCCAAGCCUCUGACACGCCACAUGCCACAAAACAAGCUAAGCUUUCAGUACCGUAUGUGGGAGUUUGUGGUGUCACCGCCAUUUGAGUAUACCAUCAUGGCGAUGAUCGCGCUCAACACAAUCGUGCUGAUGAUGAAGUAUUACGGAGCCUCUGACACCUAUGAAACUGUGUUAGCCAACCUGAACAUAGUGUUUACUUCCCUCUUCUCCAUGGAGUGUGUACUCAAGAUCAUCGCCUUUGGAGCACUGAAUUAUUUCAAAGAUGCCUGGAAUAUUUUUGACUGUGUGACAGUUCUGGGCAGCAUUACAGACAUCCUCGUUACUGAGCUUGGGAUGAAUAAUUUCAUCAACCUAAGUUUCCUAAGGCUGUUCAGAGCAGCUCGUCUCAUCAAGCUGCUGAGACAGGGAGAAACCAUCCGAAUCUUGCUCUGGACCUUCGUUCAGUCUUUCAAGGCACUGCCUUAUGUCUGCCUCCUCAUUGCCAUGCUGUUUUUCAUCUACGCCAUCAUUGGGAUGCAGCUGUUUGGGAAUAUUGCAAUUGAAGAAGAUGGAGACAGUGCCAUCAACCAACAUAACAACUUCAGGACCUUUGUAGAGGCUCUUAUGCUUCUCUUUAGGAGUGCAACGGGUGAGGCAUGGCACGAGAUCAUGUUGGCGUGUCUUGGGGGUAAGGAAUGUGACCCCAAGUCAGGGAAUGUAGAUCCAGACUGUGGCAGCCAGUUUGCCUACCUCUACUUUGUGUCCUUCAUCUUCUUCUGUUCAUUCUUGAUGCUGAAUCUGUUUGUAGCUGUUAUCAUGGACAACUUUGAGUACCUGACUAGAGAUUCAUCCAUACUAGGACCUCACCAUUUGGAUGAGUAUGUCAGGAUAUGGGCGGAGUAUGACCCUGCUGCCUGUGGCAGGAUCAGUUGCAGGGAAAUGUAUGACAUGCUGAGGCACAUGAGUCCUCCACUAGGCCUCGGGAAGAGGUGUCCAGCUCGGGUGGCCUACAAGAGAUUGCUCCGUAUGGAUCUGCCCGUGGCCGAUGACAACACGGUCCACUUCAACUCCACUCUCAUGGCCUUGAUCCGCACCGCGCUGGACAUAAAGAUUGCCAAGGGUGGUAUCGACAAACACCAGAUGGAUGCAGAGCUAAGGAAAGAGAUGAUGGCAAUCUGGCCCAACCUCUCCCAGAAGCAUCUGGAUUUACUGGUGACACCACACAAGUCGACCGACCUGACAGUGGGGAAAAUCUAUGCCGCCAUGAUGAUCAUGGAGUACUACCGGCAGAGCAAGAUCAAACGUUCCCAGGCUCUUCGUGAUGAGCAGAAUCGAACGCCAUUACUAUUUCAGCGCGUGGAGCCACCUACCCCCUCCCAGGAUGGGGGUCCGGGACUUAACAAUGCCCUGCCUCCUCCUGAGAUGACAGAGACCACCAACAGCCUGCCGGUGGAGGGAGGUGUCCCGGAAAGCCAGUCGUGGGUGACGGCUCGCGCUCAGGAAAUGUCUCAGAAGGUUGGCAGCUGGAGCCCUGAGGGACACCCUGUGGAUGGCCUGGGAAGCAUGACCAACUCUCAGUUUUCAUGGCAGCCAAUCACACCACCUCCUGCUCUCCUGCUCUGUUUACAGACGGUAGAGAUGAGAGAGAUGGGGCAGGAUGGUUACUCGGAUACUGAGCACUUUCCACCAAUGGAAGGCCACGGCAGGGCCGCUUCCAUGCCCCGCCUCCCAGGCGACAACCAACAGCGGAGGAAAGGGAAGCAACGUGGCAGUACCCUCAGUACUAUCAAUGACAGCAGUCCAAUGAAACGCUCCGCCUCCUCCCUGGGCCACAGCAGGUCUGGGCGUGGUCACAGAGACAAAGGAGGGGCAGACGACUACAACAUGGAGCAUGCAAUUCCUGAAGAGGGAAGAAGUUCCAGGCACGGACACCGGCGAAAAGACCGGAGCCAUCGGGCAUCUGAGAGGUCCCUCUGUCGCUACACUGAGGCUGACACAGGCCUGGGCACAGACCUAAGCACAACCACUCAGUCUGGCGACCUCACGUCAAAAGAUAAGGAUCGAGACAGGGAUCGCGGCCGUUCCAAAGACCGUAAGCACCACCACCAUCAUCACCAUCACCACGGCUCUGUGGACAAGGAGCGCUAUGUAGCAGAACGAGGGGGCGAGUACGUCCACAGGCACUCUCGCGACCGUGACCGGGAGCGAGAAAGGGACCGGCGCUGGUCACGAUCUCCCAGCGAGGGUCGCGAUUGCGUGACACACAGACAGGGCAGUAGUUCAGUCAGCGGAAGCCCUGUCCCCUCAACCUCGGGGACCAGUACACCACGGCGGGGCCGUCGGCAGUUGCCUCAGACCCCGGCAACACCCCGGCCCCAUGUUACUUACUCCCCUGUAGUCCGUAAGGCUAUGCCCACACCUCCUGGGGUGGCACAAGGCAGACCCUCAGCCCCAGCUCCUGCCCCUCGCCGCUUUUCUCCAGAGCCUUCCCAAGGCCAGGGUCCUCCCCCCGCUGGCCUUCAGCUGGGCCACCAUGGCACACCACGUCAUCAGCCCCCACUGCGCUGGGGAGACACAGGUGGAGGAGGGGGCUCCAUAGAAGGGGAUGGAUGUUUCUACAACCAGGACUACCAGGACUACGAGCCCCAUCAUGAACCACCUGCCUAUGAGCCAAACCCCGUGCAGGGGGGCAACCCGCACCCUCAUGCCAACCACCCACUGCCACCUCCCUCACAACCACAGCAGCAUAACCCCAUCCCCUACCUCCCCCACAGCCACACCCAGUCAACAACCCCCAUCCUCAACCCAGCCGAACCUCGCCUAGAACUGUUCACCACGCGCCUCCGCCAACCACGGCUCUAACAGGGCCUGUGCAGGGCCAAGUUCAGUCUGCAGCCCAGCGCCGGCUACCCAAUGGCUACCGUUCUUCAUCACCUUCUACACAUGUCCACGGACCCCCACACACUGGGCCCCACAAGGUCCCUCCUCCAGCUGGGCAUCCAAGGGGUCCGCGCAAAGGCCUGCAUGAACCCUACAGUGAAACGGAGGAUGACGAUUGGUGCUAGCCUCUGGGGAAGGGGGUGGGACUUAACAAGGAAAAAAAGAAUUCAAAUACUGAAAGAAGAUGAGCCAGAGCACUGACUGCCAAGGGAAAAAAAUAUAAACUUUUCUUUCUUGUCUGUUCGAUUUAUUUUUCCCUCUCCUCCACUGCUGUCUAAGUGAUGGUGAGCUACAUGAAACAACCGGUGUCAUAGGAUGGAACAAGAAUGCAGAGACAGAAUCUGGAGUUCCAAAAGGCGUUACGAGGUGGUAACGAAACACCUCUGCGCUCUGCUCGCGUUGUUGUCGAUCAUUUCUUUUGAUGCCAAAUGAGACCAAACUGGGGGAGCGUCAGACACUAGUCUUUGUGUCUUAAAUUAUGCCUCUGGCCAUGAGCUAUAGCCACUUACAAGAUGUCAAGAGUUGCGACUCGACAAAAGACACUUUACAGUCAGAGACAAAAAUGAGCGACCUCUUUUUUUGUUGUUGUUGUUGUUUGUUUGUUUUCUUUGCUUCUCUGAGCUAACUUCUGUUAAGUUAGCUGCAAAAAGAUUUCAAACCAACCCUCCCAGCCACCAGUUGAAUAUUGAUGAGUUUUAUCAUCUGUGUUUUUAAAUACAAAAUAAACCUGACACGGAGCCCUCCACCUGUAAGAGGUGAGGGAGGCUAAGUGGGUGGGAGAGUUGGGGAGUGUUGCACGGGGGUCGACGAGUCCCUCCGUAGACAUCUGGAGGAGAGGAUGGGUGCGUCUGGGGAUGUUUACCCCAGUUACUGGAGAGAUUGCACUCCUCCCAGAAACAAUUUAACCAACCUCAACCUAUGACCUAUGAGAGGAAAAAAACAUAGUGGAGGAUGGGUUUCAGAAACAGAGAAACAAACUGUUUUCUGCAGUAUUUCUUCUACUCCUGGAGCUGCUUCUUCUUCCUCCUUCUCUUCUACUUCUUCAAAACAUUGAAGCUUGAAUCUUCUGUUGCACCCCCACACAGCUUCGUUUUUUGUAGACUUGCAGAGUUGUACACUCUAUGGAAUCCUGCAUGAAUGAUACAAAAGAAUACUAAUAAUAGCAACACUGAGAAUCUACUGUCUGCAGAGGGAAAAUGUUCUUCAGUCCUGUUUUUUUGUUAUGGUCUGCAGGGUUUCUCUCUCUUUUUUGAUUUAUGAUUAAAAGUGCUUUCUGUUUUUCUCUCUCUCUCCUCUGAACGACAUUCCUCUCUCUGUACCUUCACAUACGCUAAAAACACCAGUGGCCCGAAAGUAACAGGGAGAUUGGAUAGUUACUGUAUGUAUAUCUAGAGGGAACAAAAUGAUAACUUUUCUGCUUGCUCGUCUACUGUCUAUUCCGUGCCAAAUGCCUGCCACUGAUACAGCUGGAAUUGUACUUAUUUUUGUGGAAGUUACCUUUUUUGUAAUUAAGGCUAAAAAAAAUGGUUUAAUGGGACGCAGGGUAUAAACAUGGAUACGGUGAAUUAUGUCUGACAAAUCAGUAACAUCUCAAAAGUCUUCCAGGGUGUGGGGUUAACACAGAGGCAGCAGAAAGAGACCAAUAGAAAUGUGCAGAAAGGAGAGAAACUCUUCAUCUUUGUUUUCUUUGUUGCUGAACGUAUUAAGGGAUAAACUUAUACCAUCGUUUGUAAAGAUCAUGAUGAGCGUGAGAAUGAGGCGAGUUCUCCAUAUUUGGUCUUAUAUUUUCUUCUGUGUGCUUGUUUUUAUUUUGAUCUUUGAAAAUUUGAAGAUAAUCCUUUUUCCAACCCUUGGGUGGCGCUGGAACACACCACUACACUGUGGGAGAAUGAGUUAUCAGGAGGACAGAGCUGUCCUCUUACUCUGAGUCUUCUUCAAAGUUAAUAACUAUUUGAAAUUUGUACAUCAAAAUGCAUUGAAUUACAGGUUUUACAAUCCACUUGCCAUCGCCUUUGACCUCCAGAUGGCGCUGUGUGACAAAUAGUGUCCCGCUCUAUUCACUUCUGACUCAAAGUUAUACAGUGAGUGCACCAAAAAUGCAGUUUAGCUCAUUCUCUCGCUAGUAGACUGCCUUAUCUGUGUAAACGCAGGUGUGUGAGUCGUAUUGUAGCAGACGGGCUGGAGAAAGGAUGCCUGGGCCUCGCUGUAGUCCUAAAAAUCACCUGCGUUCUGUGCGUAUCACUCUUGUAUAAGUUUUAGUUCUCUCUGUGUGCCUCAAACUAACACUUGUCACUAACGCACACCACCGUCAGACCCAACAUUGCUGUUAUUUUUUUAUUUUAAGUUCCUUUUCUUUUCUCAUUCUUUUACUUGACCCACAUCUUACCUGGAGGCCUAUCACAUGUUGACCAGAGAAUGCAUUGAAAAAAAAAUAGAAAACACUGCCUAUUAGUGUCUUUCCAACCUCAGUGGAAUGUCACAAAAAAUAUUUCUCACGUCACUACAUGUAAAAUUAGAAAGCACACUAAGGUAUGUAGCUCCUGGUUGUGGUGUGUGUCAGUGGGUUUUUGCGUGUAUGUAUGCACACGGGUGGGUGUGUUUCAAAUAAAAUUGUGUUUUGUUUUUCUGAAUGCUUUUUUAAAAAUUCUCCAGAACUCUUCUGAAAUCUUAAGACAUUCAAGUCAAAUCAUUGUAACGACCUUCAGCUCUGUGGUUGUGCGUGUGUGUGUGUGUGUGUGUGUGUGUGUGUGUGAUGUCAGUAAAGUCCCUCCCACCUGCCCCCACCACUGAAUGGAACGUGCAAAGCCCCAAAAUGUUCACCUUCCAUCUUUGUGUAUAUGCUGCAGUAAAAUCCACUAACACGCUGAUUAACCACACAAAGUCUUCAAAAAGCAAUGUAAAGUCGCUACUGGGAGAAAAAAAUAAAUAAAUAAAAAAAUGUUUUUUGUUUUUUUUUUCUUUUUGUUCGUUUUUCAAGUAUAAAAGAUUUUAAAAAAGGAAAAAAUAUCUAGUUCCAGAAAUGCAUGUGCUAUGUGCAUGCCACACCGUGGGUUAAAAAGUCAUCUUCAGGACAUAAAAGAAAAAGCAGAUUAAUUAAUUCAGAGGAAUUUAAAAAAAAGAAAAAGGUGAUAUAUAAAUAGAUAGAUGUUUUUAAAAAGCAAUGUUUCCUUUUUUCCUUCUAUUUUUGAAAACAAAAAAUGUUUUAAAAACUUAAAAAAAAAAUCUAAAGAGUAAAAACACAAAAAAGAGACUUUGGCGAGAGUCAAAGUCCUGUUUGUUUUUCUUCUGUUACAUGGGGUUGAGGCACAGCACAACCAUGUUCAGGACACCAUGAGAAAAAAAAAAGAAGAAAGAACUGUUUUUAAUUUAACAGAAAAAAUAAAAAUAUAAAGAAAGAAAAGAAAGUACAGUUCAGAUGAUGGUGUAUUCUUCCUUAUACUUUUGUGUUGGGGGAGGGUCAAGGAAUGGAGGAGCUCGCCAAAACUGUUGAUGUACUUGUUAAAAACUGGCUGAUGGUCCUUUGAUCUCUCACUCACUCUCUAUUUUCUCUCUCUCGCCCCCCCCCCUCUCUUUCUCUACCCUGUCUCUCUCACGCUCUUACCUGUCACACUCUCAGCCAGUCUCACCGCUAUUUCUACCAGUGCAUUUUGUAAUUCCAAACAGAAACUCUUCCUAAAGAAUAAAAUCCAGAGAGAAUGCA